AUGUUCAAAGUAGACCGGACCAAGAAUCCCCAGCCACAGCCGCAGGCGCAGGCGCAGCUGCAGCGCAAGUAUGAGCCUAUGGAGGAGCUCUUAAUCGAACUCUUCACCGCGCCAGGCCUCCGCCAGAUACGAUUCUUCGAUGCGGUAGCCAUCAUGACACUCGUGUGCAUAUUUGUGCCAUGGGUGCGCCGCAUAUCUCGCUUCCUUAACACGAGGAUGAACCCAAAAAAGUCUGCGCUGUUGAGUCUGCCCUACGAGUUGCUCGACCACAUCACCGACAUCGUCUACGAAAAUGCCCAACGCCCUGAUUAUAAAAGCAAGGAGGCCGAAGCAUGGCGGCGCACACUCAGCAGUCUCCCCAGAACUUGCCGAGGCCUCAGGGAAAUGAUGCAACCCAAGUUAUACCGUCGAGUCGGCACAAAGCAAGCGCCGCUCCGCCUGCUGAUGGCCCUUUUAAAGUACGAAGAACUCGGCGAAAUGGUCCAAGAGCUUGUGCUUAAGGACUGGCAUAUCGAAAGCUACAAAACAUUAGAAGAUUACCAGUCCAUCAGCAAGACGAUCAAUGCUGCGCUCCGCCUGUAUGGUGUCAGAAACCAGGCUGGCGAGGUUGCGACUUGCCCCAAGAUUAGUUACUACACCCAAGACAACCAGGAGGUCCGACUGGAACUGCAAAAUUAUGUCUCUACGCUGCUUAUUAUGAGAUGCCCAAAUGUCAAAGUCAUUCAUCUGCGCGGCCUCUUUUGGGCUAUUACCGACGUCGACAAUCCCACCAUCCUUGAUAACAUGCGCAAGCUCACAAGCGACGGCACCCGCGUUUAUACCCGCGCAAACCAGCCCUUGCCCCCUACCAAUUGGCUGUAUAGAUCAUUGCACAACUUGGAAGAGUUUAGCGCAGAUCAUUCUGCGUACAGGCAUGAACACGUCUUUAACAAUUUCAAUCUGUCAGCCAUUUCUCUCACCAUGCUCCAAAUGGAGCGUGCCAAGCUGCUUUCUAUCAUGCGCCAAAAUACACGCCUAACCAGGCUGCGACUUGUUCCUAACGACAUGUCGGAAAACCGACGACAAAAGCUGACACCAAGAAUCGCUGCCAAAAUUAUUGGCUUGCGUGCCGAGACGCUGCGUUCUCUGCACCUCGUCUGGCACAAGCAUACCGACUGUUGCCGCUGCAUCCGCAAGACGACGCACAUUCCCAGUCUUCGCCACCUCCACAAGCUUGAAGAACUGUCCAUUUCCAUUCACGGAAUCAAGCGUGGCCGCGGCUCCAAGACGGACGAAGAAUUCUACAGGCGUUUCUUCCCCUGUGGUAUCCGUAAGCUGGAGCUGCGCGAUGACUUGGAUGUCUGGGACCUGGGACCGCUCGUCGACGUCGUCAGCACCCACCUUUCACUGCUCACCCAAGUCACACUGCACUGUAGCAAGAGAUCUGACCGUUCGCGAGAUGAGAUGCUCAAGAUCGCACUCGCUUCCAAGGGCGUCACCUUGAAGUUUGUGGAGCCGAGAUUUCCUGAUCCCCACCACCCGUUGGUAGGCAUCGAUGAGAGGGGCAAGUCGUUUAUCUGCCGUCUAACGUCCAUGGACCGCCCCCGCUUGCGAAACGAGCCAGAGUCGGAUUAUGACUAUGAUGACGAUGAGGAUUGGUAUGUUAACAAGUAG